AUGUCAGAAAAAGCUGAUAUAUUUGCCGAAAUAUAAGAACAUAUAUAAUAAAACCAAGAAAUAAACUUCAUUAUGGUCAUGAAAGAAAACGAACUGGAAUAAACCAUACUUAUUGGAAUAUUUUAAGAAGAAAAUAAAAUAUAUGCUAAAUAAAGUUUUAUAAUAGAAAGUCAAUUUGCAUUUUCUACUAUCAAAUUAAAAGAUGUCCAAGUAUUUCUUUCAAUAGAUAAAGAUUUCUAAUUUUAUGUAGAUGAAGAACUUUAAAACCGAGAAUCCUUUAUUGGAGUUGAAGGACAAAGUGGAAAUACAUAUAGGCAUUUGAAUUGUUUUAACUAAAACUUUAUGUCCAUUUUGAGAUUCGAGAAGUUAUACAAUUAAUUAUUAUUAUUCUUUUUGUCUUAUAUUGUGGAACGAAAAAAAAGAAGAAGAAGAGGAAAAACAAGUUUAAUUAAAUCCUUUAAAAGCCGAUUUAAUAUUAAAUCUUUUAGACUAAUAAUAAUAAUAAUAAAAAGGAAAGUUAUAUUUAGGUGGAAUAGAAGCUGCAAAAGACAUCGAAUUUUUAACUUCUCAUUAAAUUCAUGCCAUAUUAACAAUAGCCGAUAAUAUAAAUAUAGAAUAUAAUGAAUAAAUAAAAAUUCAUAAAAUAAUAAAGGCAUUAGAUUGUACAACAUAUAAUAUUAUGUAACAUUUAGAGGAAUGUUUUACAUUUUUAAAUGAAAAUCUAUAAAAUACAAAUGUACUAAUUCAUUGUCAUUAGGGAGUUUCUAGAAGUCCGACUAUAGUAAUUGCUUAUUUAAUGAAAAUUUAAAAUAAAAGACUUUCUUAAGCUUUAAUGGAAGUUAAAAAGCAUAGAGCUAAUGUAUAACCAAACGGAUAUUUUAUGUUUUUAUUAGGAAAAUAUGACCAUUAAUUAUUAAUUUAACAUUAAAAAAAUA